AGGUGCGAAAUAUAGAUCAUGAGGCCCACCGGAAGAGCGCUCGCCGCCGUGGCCACGGCGGUGGUAGCAGCAAAGGGAGCUCAGGCCUUCGUGGCGCCAAGUGGCGCCUCCUGUCCUUCUUCCUUGCGAGCAGGAGCGACCUCUCGACAGCAACAGCAACAACCGUACACGUGCUCGGCUACGAACAACCGACGGUCUCGACGAGCCCCUCCGCCGCCGUUAGCAGCGGCGGCGGCGGCGGCGGCAGCAGCAAGAGGGGCGGAAGAGGAUGACCAUUGUCCUCCUGCCGAUGCCGCGCGGGAGGGGAAGGGGCGGUGGGCAGGGGCCCGCAGGUCUCUCGCGCGCGGGGCAGCCUCCCUGGCGACUUUCACAGUGGGGGCGACCGCGCUGUCGGGCAUGUCUGCCGAUGUGCAGCACAGGCUCAACAGCCGCGAUGGCGCUGCGGUGGUGGUGUCGAUUCCGGCCGCUAUGGAGUCAGCGGAAGCCUCUGUGCUCAGGCCGUUCGAGAAGCGCACCGUGGAGGAGAAGCUGGCAAACCUCCCGGCCUUCAUGGUGACCAACAAGAAGGGCUCGCCCUACCUUUCGCCGACGGAACCGGGCGAACCGCAGAUGGCUGUUUUCUUUACGAACGUCGACGAUGCGAAGGAGAUGCUUAUGGAGAUGGUGCAGGAAUCGACUUACCAGAACGAAGCACGCAUUCUUGUUGUGAGCAUGGAGAAGGCCUACGGCAUGGUGAAGGCGGGGCCGAAGCUGACCGGGUACCAGAAUGACGAGGGAGUGGACGAGAGGAUGGACUUUAAGCUAGAGCCGGACAUGCACUCGUUCCAGAAGGCGAGAAGGCUGGGGUUGGACGUCAGCCCCGCCGCCGCGAACAUCGACGUCCCGGUGUUCUACGUAGAGGGUUUGGAGGUUAAGCGGGAUGGAGGGUUGGUGAAGCCGCUUUUCAUGGACCCGGCCGACCUGGUUGAGGCUUGGAAGAAGGCGGCCGCUUCGAACCCAGAUAUGCCCGCAGAGCCGACGGUCAAGGUGUUCAACAUGCCAGACGUCAUCGUGGCCAUGGAGCUGACGGACGAGUUCAACCAGUUCGGGUUUUUCGCUUCGACGGAGGGCGCGGAGUUCAUUAAGCAGGCCCGAGACGCCAGGAAGCCUUUCCCGAAGCCACGACUAGGCAGAAUGUGGGCCUUUUAAGUGCAUCAUUAUCUAGUGGCCUUGUGCUCCUGCAUGUUGACACGCGGUUCGGUCACGACACGGGUCUGACUGUGACCGUGAAGUUUUGGUUCGACGGCUUGUGUGAGUCGGAGGACCCAUCCUCGCGAAAAAUCGACCGCUGGGCUGACUGUCUGCGUGUAGCAUAUGUCGACUGACAAACACCCAUUUUCUGUGUGCUGCAGAGAUGCGUGCUGCUCUGCCGCCUAAGGCUCGUGUGAGUAUAGCGCGCGCCUGGGUGCCGUUCAGCUUUUUUUGUGGUGUCGAGCUCAUAUCGUGCUGGCUGCGUCGUUCUUCGUUUUUUAGUCGCUCGCGUGCCUCUCUGGGCUCUAGAAAAACAUCUUGCGGCUUUCGGCAUCGUGCGAUGAAGCUGAAACUGCCGAGGGUACAGCACCAUUUCAUGGUUGAAGCCUGUUCGUGAAAUCGAAGGCCCUGUAGCACGGGAAUGAAACAAGCGGCGGCUGUUUGGUGUGUUUUGGCCUUUUUUUCAGUUCUCGUGGGGUGAGCAACAUUAAUUUGGGAUCGCCGAUCGCCGCAGCGACCAUCGUUUUGUUUGGGGAAUGUGUUUGGAACUGUGGUUUAAAGGUGUCACUCCGAAUUCUGCCGAAAUUAUCACUACCGUUCGGGAGGUGUCUCGACACCGCUUGCGAUUUAUGAUAAAAGUCUUGCCUGUUUUUUUUUUCUCGGCCAGGUCAGCCCGAAGAACAGUCGCGCUGCGCGUGGUGCUCAUCUUGCAGUAUGUCUGUUUUGUUUUUUUUCUCUGAACGGUCAAGGCGCACACCUGUAAAACGCUGCAGCAGCACCUCACCCGCUCACGCGUUGUAUUGCGUCUUUACAAGCAAGCACAGCAGCCACCGUCAGAUCAAAAGGACUAUAAUAUGUAGCGUUUUUGAAUCCUUCUCGAGAGCACUUCCUAAACC